AUGUUUAAAGUCAGGGAUUCCUGGGUAAUAUCAACUAUUUUAGUGUUUUUGUGCUGGCAAGAUGUAUGUACAUUGUACUCAGGAACUUAUAAAGAUUUGGUACCUUCAUCAGAAUUUAAUAACAAACGUAUACAAGAUUCAGACAAUUAUAUUAAGGGAUUUGAGGAUGAAAAGAAUGAAAAAACUCUGUUCAUACCACCUUUAAACGCAAAAGGCAUCUUUAUACAUAAAAGUCCUGAUCCUGCAACUAUUCAAUAUUCGCCUAGAGUAACAAAAGGAGCAAUAUUCCAAGAAGGAGAAAUCUUAGGAUUUUUAGAAUUUCAAGGAUCUAUUAAACGCAGAUCUGUUACAACACUUUUAUCACCUUGCAUUAUGUCUAUUAGUAACAUUUUUGAGACAUCUGGGUCUAUAGUCUCUGCACUUUAUGAAGGGCGGACAAUUACUCCGAGGAAUCUUAUUUCCUUUAAUUGUAUAGAAGUUCAUUCUGACACUUAUUUAAUAAUUAGAGAAGUCUCAGAACAUAAUAAGAGUAAAUCAAAGUUAAUAGAUGUUAUUAUGAAGUCUAGUUCUAAUAUUGUAGUAAUAUCAACAGCUAAUAUGGGAAACCUUCCUAAAGGUUCAGUUUUAAUAUCUUUAUGGUAUGAUCAGAAUAUCUACUUACUAUUUGAGACAUUGCAAGACUUCUAUAAUGUAAGAAUAUUAAUAGAUACAAAAGUAAUCGGUGUUCCAUUGAUACCAGGAAUACCUCUAAUAAAUUUUCAAUAUUAUGUUGAGACUUUCAAGGAAGAUAUAAAAAAACAGUAUACAGGUAUGGAUUAUUUAAUAAAUUCAGACAAUUUUAGCAUAAAAUCAGAUUUUAAUGAACAUAAAAAUAACCUUAGAGAAGCUAAAAAUAAAAGAAUAGCAAGUGUAACUAAGAACCAAGAAAGUGUCAAUGAAUUAUUGUUAGCCCUAGCUAAUGCAGCAUGGGCAUCAUCUAUAUUUAUUAGAAUGAAGAAAUAUAAAGGAAAACUAUAUGAACUUAAGCAGUCCCCCAGGUUGAAUGAAAAAGCAAUAUGGGUUAUAUACUCCCCUUGCAAUGGAAAGAUAUUAUUAUCAAGAACAUUUGGGAAGGUUAUACCUAACGGAAGUACCUUAGCUAUCUUACAGUGUGAAGAAAUAGAAUACCAUAAUGAAGAUAAAAAAAGUAGAAUUGUAAUAAAGCGUAAUUUAGAUAUCAAAACUCCUUUUUCACUUACUAUAACUAAAUUACAUAUAGACUUUAUUAUGUACUCCAAAGAGACUGAGAGUUAUAUAAAAAAGGGAGAUAAGAUAUUGACUGGAAAUUUAACUGGAGAAUCAGAAAAUAUUUCUCCUUAUAUAAUUUUUGGAGAUGUAAAAAUAAUUACAUCUCCUUGUCAAGGUAAAUUAAUAGCUUCUGCAAGUGUUGGAGAGUACAUAGGUAAUAAUAAUAGUUUAGUACAAGUUGAAUGUGAAGGUGGAGAGAGACGCGAAGAAAUUGCAGAAACAAGUGCUCUAGUCUCAUUUGUAUUUAAAGAUGAUGAAGCAGAAGUUAAGGAUGGAGAAGCUUUAUUAGUUCUUAGGCCAAAGUGGAAAAUAUUAAAUUCUCCAUGUGAUGGAAUAAUAAUUUAUAUUGAAUCUCCUGGAGUAAUUCAGAUACAAACAAAUCUAGCUACUAUUCAAUGUAAAGAUCAAAUUUUAGGGAUUCAGAAUAUCCAGUCAAAUAAACCACUUACAAUACUAGCACAUGUAUUACCAAAUCCAUCAAUGGUAGUAAAGAAUCAGCCACUAAUUAUUGUUGACUAUACAGAAUAUCAACCCAAUGAAGCAAAACAAAAUGGUGAAUUAAAAAACAAAAUUAUUAAGAAAAUAUCACCAAAUAAGGAAUUUGCAAUCGAAUAUUCAAAAAUACCAGAUGAAAUUAAUAUACAAAAUGUUAUUUCUCCAUGUAAUGGGAAAUUUCUACUACAAAAAGAUCAUGUAUUAGGAAAUACUAUUAAAAGACAAAAAAUUUUAGCUAAUGUGUUGUGUAAAAAUGGGAAUAAUAUUGUAUUUCAACCUUCAAAGGAUAUAUUAAUUCUUAAAAUACUUCCACUAACGCACUCUACUAGUGGUAAAGAUUCAAUUGAGACAAAAGACCAAGAAAUUCAAGUUAAAAGUCAGAAAGAAAAAAAGUAUACUAAUAAUUCUAGUAUAGAUUCUUCGUUUGAAGAUUUGGUUAUUGAUAUUAGUAGUGGAGACAUAAUUUUUGAAAUUCUAUUUAUUCAUAACGUAAAAUAUUAUAUUACUAUGGCUCCAUGCAAUGGAUUUGGAUAUAGUCAUAAUUCAGUUGGAGAUCUUAUUUCUGAGGGGCAAUAUUUUGCAAUUGUACAGUGUAAAACUAAGGAAAACAAAAAAAAAAGUACUCAAAAAUUUAAAAGUAAGAAAGAUGUUUAUAUAGCAUCAAAAUAUUUGGAAUAUAAAAAGGAAUUUGCAAAAGGUUCACCUCUAUUUAUUAUGGUUGAGCCUCCAGAGUAA